UUUUGACAUAAAUCAUAAAUAGAAAUCCGAAGGUGGAAUAUUGUUUGUUCAAUUUCUAGAAAAAACUUUACUUACUGGCGUGUGAAAUUUAAACGGAAUAAGUAUUAGCAGUUUUUGUGUUGUUCUUUCAAGACGACCGAACGAAUAGGCUAAACUUUCUAAUUGUCAUAAUUUUACUGCAACAACGAAAUGUCGAUCCAAUGGACGUUUAUAGCCGGCUACCUUUACUUCGAGAUCGGAAUCGUGAUAAUUAUGAUGCUGCCGAUCUUCAGCCCGAGGAGAUGGAACCAGUUCUUCAAAUCCCGGCUGUUUUCGAUGUUCCAACAACACGCUGCGGUAUACUUUUAUGUCCUACUCGGAGUACUAAGUUUAUUCCUUUUAGACGCUGUUAGAGAGAUGAGGAAGUACUCCCACGCAACCGAAGGCGCUCACGUUCAUCUCAGCAGCGAAAUGAAGGGCAACGUUAAAUUGUUCCGAGCACAAAGGAACUUCUACAUCACCGGUUUUGCCAUAUUCCUAGCAUUCGUGAUAAGGCGGCUUGUCACUAUGCUCAUUAUCCAAGACGAACUCACGAUCAAAGCAGAAAAGAUCAUCAAGGAAGCCGAAUCCACAGUGAAACUUGCAAAAACAACAGUCUUAGCAAAUACUAUGCAAAGUGAAGAAAACAAGAAAUAUGAAGAGGUGAAAAGUAAGUUGGAGGAGACUGAGGACAUGCUGAUACUCUCACAAGAGAGGGUGAAGGUAUUGGAAGACGACAUCAAGAAAUGGAAACUCAAAUAUGAAGAACUGAAUGCACAGAUCACUGGAAAAGGAGAUGAGCCGUAAAUGGUUGAUCAAAGUAUCAAUUAUUAAAAGUUAUUAAAAAUAUUGAUCAAUCUAUUACAGCCAAUAUUGAGGGAGGGAUUCCUGUGAUUUGCCACUUUUGGUGCUGAACUGAUGUUUGGAGAUUUAAAAAAACUACUUAAUUAUGCUGAUGCCAUUAAAAGCAUUACUGUUAAGGCCAAUAUAGUCAUUUUAAUAGUUUUAAAAACUAAUAAUGUUGUAAGCAUGUGCAUAAUAAUUGUAAUGUUACUGUUACGUGAAUAUUUAUCGUAUUUUUAAUUUACUAUCGCUUUUAAUCUCGUAAUUUCAUUGAUAGUAGCUUUGUUUUUACAAACAUAAUUAGUGUGUGGUGUGUUUAAUUUCAUUAAGUUUUAUACUAUAAAUAUACUGAUUACUAAA